AUGAAAUUCUCCAUUGCGUCCCUUCUCUUGCUGGGUCUCUUCCGUGGCGCCGCUGGCCUGUCGCCGGCCGAAUGGCGCCAGCAGUCCAUCUAUUUUCUGCUGACGGACCGGUUCGCGCGCACCGACCAGAGCACGACGGCGGCGUGCGACACGAGCGCCCGCGUCUACUGCGGCGGCAGCUGGCAGGGCGUGGUCAGCCAGCUGGACUACAUCCAGGGCAUGGGCUUCACGGCGGUGUGGAUCACGCCCGUGACGGGGCAGUUCUACGAGGACACGGGCGACGGCACGUCGUACCACGGCUACUGGCAGCAGGACAUUUACGCGCUCAAUCCCAACUACGGGACCGCCGCCGACCUCAGGGCGCUGUCCGACGCGCUGCACGCGCGCGGCAUGUACCUGAUGGUGGACGUCGUGGCCAACCACAUGGGCUACGACGGGGCCGGCACGGGCGUCGACUACAGCGUGUUCACGCCCUUUGACAGCGCGAGCUACUUCCACGCGUACUGCGAGAUUUCCAACUACGACGACCAGGCCAAUGUCGAGGACUGCUGGCUGGGCGACACCACCGUCGCGCUGCCGGACCUCGACACCACGCUCCCGAGCGUGCAGACGCUGUGGUACGACUGGGUCCGGGGCCUGGUGGCCAACUACACCAUCGACGGCCUGCGCAUCGACACCGUCAAGCACGUCCAGACGUCCUUCUGGCCCGGGUACAACGACGCAGCCGGCGUCUACUGCGUCGGCGAGGUGUUUGACGGCGAUCCGGCCUACACGUGCCCCUACCAGGCGGUGCUGGACGGCGUCCUCAACUACCCGCUGUACUACCCGCUGCUGGCGGCGUUCCAGUCGGCGUCGUCCUCCGGCAUCGGCGCCCUCUACAGCAUGAUCUCCUCCAUUGCUGCCGACUGCGCCGACCCGACGCUGCUGGGCAACUUUGUCGAGAACCACGACAACCCGCGCUUCGCGUCCUACACGAGCGACUAUGCGCUGGCCCAGAACGCGCUCUCGUUCCUGUUCCUGGCCGACGGCAUCCCCAUCGUCUACGCCGGCCAGGAGCAGCACUACAGCGGCGGCGGCGACCCGGCGAACCGCGAGGCGACGUGGCUGUCGGGCUACGCGCAGACGUCGACGCUCUACAAGCACAUUGCCACCACGAACGCCAUCCGCGCGCUGCUCAUCAGCGCCUCGUCCGGCAGCUGGGCCACGACGGCCAACAAGGCCGUCUAUCAAGACAGCACCACCAUCGGCAUGGUCAAGGGCGGCGUGCUGACGGUGCUGAGCAAUCUGGGCGCGUCGGGCGCGUCGUACACGCUGACGGUGACCGGCACGGGCUUGGCGGCCGGCACAGCGCUCGUCGAGCUGUACUCGUGUGCCACCGCGACGGUCAGCAGCUCCGGCAGCGUUGCCGUGCCAAUGGCGUCGGGCCAGCCGCGCGUUCUCGUGCCAGCGUCGUGGGUGAGCAGUGGUAGCCUGUGUGGUGGGACGGGCACCAAGACGACGACGGCAUCGACCACGACCACGGCGAGCUGCACCGCCGCCACGGCCCUCUCCGUCGUUUUUGACGAGCUCGUCGCCACGUCCUACGGCGAAGCCGUGUUCUUGUCUGGCUCCAUUGCGCAGCUCGGCGGCUGGGACACGUCGAGUGCCGUCGCCCUUAGCGCCAGUGCCUAUACGUCGUCUAACCCGCUGUGGGCCACGACCGUCAGCCUGCCGGUGGGAACGACGUUUCAAUACAAGUUUGUCAAGAAGGAGUCGGACGGCAGCGUCGUCUGGGAGAGCGACCCGAACCGGUCGUACACGGUGCCGGCCGGUUGUGCAGGGGGGACUGUGACUGUGUCGACAAGCUGGAGAUAG